GAACAGAAACGUAUAAUUAUAUUGGGAAAACCCCGGAAGUUAUUUCAAGAUUGUCCUAGGUGUAUUUACAUUGACAGGUCGAUAAGGUCGUCCAGGCCUGACAUAAUUAACGAAUUCAGUUCGAAAACUACACGUACACAUCUCCAGGCUCCGUUGACUAAACAUGGCCUACAAAAGUACAGAUAUUGUGUCCAGGGCACAAUGGAGAGCAAGGGAUACAAAAGGGUCAGACGCUAUGAAGACUCCCGUGAAAAUUGUUUUCAUUCAUCACACAGCCGGAAAACAUACUACGACACGACAGGAGGGUAGUGAAACUGUCCGAGGGAUUCAGAAUUUCCAUAUGAAUGAACGAAAAUGGGCCGAUGUAGGCUAUAACUUCCUGGUUGGUGAGGGCGGUCACGUGUUUGAGGCAAGAGGCUGGGACAGAGUCGGAGCUCAUACUAAGGGCUGGAACGCCGUCUCAGUUGCUUUCUCCAUCAUGGGGAACUUCGAUGAGUCACAUCCGGAUCCACGGGCUCUUAAAGCAGUGCUAGGAAUGAUUCAGCUUGGCAUUGAAAUGGGGAAAAUUUCUCAGGACUAUAAGUUGUAUGGACACCGUGAUGUCGGUGCAACAGCUUGCCCAGGCAAAAACCUUUAUAAAAUUAUCCAAACAUGGGACCAUUUUUCGAAAGAAAAACCAACCAAAUGAACCCUGAUUGACAUCACGAUCUGUCGUAUUUUCUUUCCACGCUUCUCUGACGUAAACGCAUUACGUCAUGAUCUGGAUUAACAUGUUAUUACAUACUGCUUGAGCAUAAUAACCUUUCUGCAAGGAAUGUGUUGUUCUAUUUCCAUUAAGUUGUUAAAUGUAAUUAAAACAUCUAACUUACAAUCUCUUUGAAUCACCGUCACAAUCUUAUAACAAUGAAAAAUGUAGUUAAUUAAUAUUUGCCGUAUCAAUUAAUACAUUAAAAAACAAAACAAUAACAAAAGAACAACAGAAAUGAGGUUGUGUUUCUGCUAUACAGUCGGACACAAGGCCAAUGACGUCAUUGUGAAUUGCUAUACGUCACAGUCUAUAAUAUUUUUUUACUAAAUGUGUACGAAGAGGAAAUUUUGACCAAUAAGAUACGAAUGUUUGUUGAACGAAGGAAUGAUUAAAAUUGAGUUAUUUUUCUGGGGUUUUUUUUGUGAGUUCUUGUUUUACGUCGAUAUGGGUUAUUUCAAUAUGGCAAUGUGACUUAAUUUCAGAAAAAAAUGUUGUCACAAAGGCAUUUUUACUCUAUCGUCCUUCGAUUGAAUACGAAAUAUAGUUACUCCUGUCUCUAUUUAGAGCCGUAUCUUAAAAAUCCCUGAGCUGAAUUUAGGUUCGUUCAACCCUUAGCAAUGCACAAUCCGGAUGUUUGGUUAUUUGACGGGAAUCUUAGAUUAUUUUAUGAUAUUGUACAAUAACAACAACGGCGACAUAGUGAUGUGUUAUAUACAUCAAUAGGCAUGUUUAUUGCAGCUUUUGUCGACGUCAAAUGUAUUAAAUCCUAUACAAACAAAUAAAACAUAAUUAUGAUUCAACAUAAAAUUAAUCUUUUUGGUAGUUA